AUGUCAAUCGUCCAGUCAUCCCGCCCAGUUGGAUCCCUUCCUUCGACUUGCUCAAGCUCUUUCUCGUCGAUAUCUGACGCCAUGGUUCCACCCACUCCAGAGAUCAAGAUCUUGAACUCUCACGUGAGGAUACAUGGUUCUGAUCACGACGAUUUCUCGCCUUUAGGCGGUUCAUUAGACGACUACCAUACACAGGGUCGCUCUUCUCCCAAGUUUAUCCUUGGUUCGUCUGACGAAGGUCACGAAUGCAACACAGUCCUCGAAGAGGAAGAAGAUAUUGAAACAUCCAGCGAAACCCAGGAACCAUUGACUCCAACAUCCUUUGACGGUCAUGCCGUUUUUACAUUAGAACAGCACGAGCCAACUCAGCCCAUCACCCAAAAACAGACUGUCAGGUCCAUGCUUGACAUGUCGGAUGUCAAAGUCCGUCCUCGCAGUGUCUCCAAGCCGCCUUCUCCACCACUUUUGACACUCCAAUCUCCAUCGCCUCAAAUCGAAGCGCCAACACCCGUCAAGAGGUCAAAUACUUUUUCUCGCAUCUUUCACAGGAGUGGAAGUGGAAACGAUUUGAUGAAUCGACUUGGAGGUCAUCGUGACGACGACUUGACACCUCGCCAUUCGCCUCAGCCAAAGGCUCGAGCUGGUUUGUUCUCUCUCAAGAGCAGCCCUUCUCCAUCGAAGGCCAGCUCUCCAUCCAAGUCCUUGUCUCCGACCAAUAGUUUGUCCGAAACCAGAAAGAAUGCCGGCUCCCCACCUAAGUCGUUGUCAGCCGGCGUUGGACGUCUGAGUAGAAACCGAAGGUCUAGCAGCAUGAAUGGCAUCGCCGAUAUGCAAACCGAAUGUGCUAUCACUCAUCCGGCGGAGUCUGGUGUCGGUCUCAAGGCUAGGAAGUUGAGCACCGUCGCCGUUCCUGUCGCUCCCGCUUUCAAGAUCCACAAUCUUAGCGAGAAGUAUUCCAACAAGAGCCAUAUCCCAAUGAAGACGAAACAGAUCGGUGAGGGCGCAAGUGCCAUUGUGAAGCUGAUGAGUAAGGUUCACGGUAACCCCAGUGAGCUCUUCGCCGUUAAGGAGUUCCGAAAAAAGUCAAAUAACGAGAGUGAGGAAGAGUACACCCAGAAGUUGAACUCUGAAUGGUGCCUUUCCAAGUCGCUUAUUCAUCCGAACGUCGUCUUGACUGAGGAUCUCUGCCGUAACAAUGGCCGAUGGUGCCAUGUUAUGGAGUACUGCAGUGGGGGAGAUUUAUUCUCUCUCAUUAAGAAGAAUUUCAUGGGGGCUGAUGAGAAGCUUUGCAUUUUUAAGCAACUUUUGCGUGGUGUUGCAUAUCUUCACAGUCAUGGUGUUGCUCACCGUGACAUCAAGCCUGAGAAUCUUUUACUCUGCGCUGAUGGACGCUUGAAGAUCUCCGAUUUUGGAAUUUCGGAGGUUGUUAGCGGUGAUCACCCUGCCUUCAGCGAGAAGAUGGAGUGCGGUGCCAACAUGAACGAACUCCGCCUUAGUCGUCCAGGAAUCUGUGGCAGCAAGCCUUACCUCUCUCCUGAGGUUAUUGCUCAAAAGGAUGCCUACGAUGCUCGUAAACUUGAUGUCUGGUCCUGCGCAAUCGUCUAUGUGACACUCCAUUAUGGUGGAUUCCCAUGGGCUGAAGCCAGCUCCAAUGACAGAAUGUACGCUGCAUAUAAGUGUACUUUCGACAAAUGGCUUGUUGCCAACCCAUCUGGACUUAUCACCACUGAUUCGACGAUGCCAACAGCCCGCAUCUUCUCCGACAUGAAACCACCACUGAAGCGUCUCCUCUACAAGAUGGCUCACCCUGAUCCUGAAAAACGCAUCACUAUUGAGGAGGCCCUCAACGACCGAUGGAUGAAUAAUGUCGACUGCUGUAUUCCAGACAAGGAUUACGACAAGGCACCAGCUCUCGUUGACUGCAGCGAACUCAAGGGCUGUAAGUUGGCAGGCAAAAUGGGGGUCAAGAAGUUGCAUCAGCAUCUCCCUCCAAAGACUCCCAAGAAGACAUUGCAUCAUGAAGUCUAG